CGCAGCCCGUCCCACUCUGCCAGUACUCGCCUGCGGGACGGGCUAGGCUCUGGGAGCCCUGGAAGCCAUGGAGGUCCUGGUCCUGGCUGAAUACCACGCGCAGAAGGAGGAUGAGCUGAGUUUGGCCCCCGGGGACAUCGUCCGGCAGGUGCGCGAGGGGCCAGGAAGGGGCUGGUUGCUGGGAGAGCUGAGGGGCCAUUGUGGCCUCUUCCCCAAGCGCCUGGUGCAGGAGAUUCCAGUGGCUAUGCGGGACGCCGGGGAGACCCGGAGACCGCGCUGCGCGCGCAGCCGAGGUCACCCCGCCAAAUCUCGGGGCCCUCAAAGAUGGUGCAAAGUGAACUUCAACUACAGCCCGGAGCAGGCAGACGAGCUGAAGCUGCAAGCUGGGGAGAUUGUCGAAAUGAUAAAGGAGAUUGAGGACGGCUGGUGGCUGGGGAAGAAGAACGGGCAGCUGGGCGCCUUCCCAUCCAACUUUGUGGAGUUGCUGGGCAAUGGGCCCCCAAGCCUUGGCAACCCAGACAUGUCUUCCAUCAGCCCUGGAUCCCAGCAGCCUCCCAAGCUGAACAGCCAGGCCUGUAACAGCUCUCCAGAAUACCUGCAGACAGUCUUUCAUCCUGAGAUCUGCAGGGUCCUGUUUGACUACCAACCUGAGGCCCCAGAUGAAUUGGCACUUCAAAAGGGGGACAUGGUGAAAGUACUGAAGAAGAACACAGAGGAUAAGGGCUGGUGGGAAGGAGAGUGUGAAGGCAGAAGAGGCGUUUUCCCAGACAACUUUGUCCUCCCACCACCCCCAAUCAAGAAGCUGAUCCCACGGACAGUGAUCUCUCAGGAAUCAGCUCUUAAUAAGGAACCAAGAAAGUUGAUGCCCAAAACAUCCCUCUCUAAUGUCAAGAAGCUGGUGACAGCUCCGUCUGGGCCCAGCAAAGCCAAGACAUCUUGGACACCCACUGGCGAUAGUCAGAAGCGCCCCUCCCGAGACUCAGGUUCCAAGGACAGCUUCCUCAGUGGGGGUCCUGGGCAACCUGGCAGAAAGCACUCCAAAACCCAGGCUUCCCGGCAGCGUCCCAAAUCCAAUCAGGAGGAAGAGCCCCGCCCGGCAAAGCCCCUCUCUGUGAAUAGGACCUCUGCUCUAGAGAAGACUGCCACCCCAGAGAAGAUCCAGCCUCCACAUAAGCCCACCAGCCCGGAGAAGAUCCUAGCUCCUGACAAAGUCCCCAUUCCAGAGAAGACCCUGACUCUGGAGAAUAAGGCCCCCAACCCAGAGAAGAUCCUGGCUUCCAAAAAGGUCCGCAUUCCAAAGAAGACCCGGACUCUGGACAAGGUUUCCACUCCAGAAAAGGUCUUUUCUGUGGAUGAGGCCUGUGCCCUAGAAAAGAGCUUGACCCUAGAGCAGGUGUGUUCUGCAGAAGUCUCCCCUGGAGAUAAUACUAAAUUCCAGCACUUCUCUCCCCCGGAGAGUUUGCAGAGGGCGAAAUCCCUUGUGUCCACAGAGGCUCAAUCCCAAGAGGAGGCUAUCAUGCCAGAGAAGUACCCCCUGCAGCCUGACUCCUCAGAGAGUUGCCUUUGUAUGAUGAAAUAUGGGGAUAGCUCCCCACUCCAGGAUGCGUCCAAGUCUAUGCCUGCCAUUACGAAGCCCCAGACCCUGGAGAAGGCCAAAACCUUCCUGAAGGAGGCACCUGCGAAAGAAGAGCCUACCCCAAAAGAGGAGGAGAUGCCGCUGACAGAAGAGGUGGCUCCCAAAGAGCAGGUGCUCUUUAAAGGGAUAGACCCUGACCCCCAAGCCCCACACACUGUAGAGCCAACUCCAGACCAAGAGACUCCCAACCCCCAUUUCCUAGUAAGGCAAAACUCUUCCGAAAGCAAGAAUGAUGAAGUGGAUGUAAAGACUCUAAAGGAUGAGAUGGGGUCUCUAAGGGAGCUGCUGGGGCUGCUGGAGCUGCAGCUGGAAGGGAAGAUUACUGACAUCUGGGAGGAGCUCAAGAGCGAGAGGGAGAAGCGCCGGUUGCUAGAGGUUCAGCUGAUGCAGAGCAGACCGAAGUCGCCGAAGCAGGGCUUCAAACAUGCGCAGACGCAGACGCACUGAGGUUGGGCCUGAGAGGCGCCACGGCAGGACCUGGGGGGACAUCUGGCUYGGGCCAGCCCGCCCUUGUAUACAGUUUUUAAAAACUCA